CUUACACGAGAUCGUCAGAUAGUUUGCAUCUAUUUGAGCAGAAAACAAAAGAGCUUUAAUUUCUUGCUAUCGCGGCAGGAUGCUCAAUCGACAACAGAAAGCAUCGCAAAUGUUAUCCUGCUCCGAGUAACGUUAUUUGAUGUGGAGCCGCUUUAUCGCUCUAUCGCGGAACUCUCGGUGAAUGAUAUUGGAUUAUCGAUAAACUGCGAUCCUCGGACUAGACAGAGGAUUUAAACAGACACCCGUGAUACUGCGCAACAUUACGGUAACGUUAGUUAGUUAGUUAGUUAGCAUCUCUAGCUGCGGCUCUACAGUCUUGACGCUACACGGCUAACUGACCUCAGAGAAAUAACUGCCAACAAAAAUGCCGUUUUACUUUCUUUAACCGAUAAACUGGAUUCAACCGGACGCUUGCUGAACACAAACACGCGUGACUAUUUAAACUGUCAGAUAUUGUUUCGACGCAGACAUUGUUUUGAGAAGAAGUUAGCCUGGUUAGCUUUGGGCAGGCUCUUGUGGUGUUACUUUAACUGUUACACACAGCAGCUGUUUAUACAGAAACUUUAGUAUUUCAGCUUAUAUAGUUCAGUCGUCGUGUAUGUUUGGAUACUAGUGCAGUGCUGUAUCAGUGAGAAGCAGGCUUGAGUCUCACGUUAGCUGUAUGAGCGUGUGAUCGAUGAGAGUGAGAUGCAGUGGUGGUGAGGAAGAGCUCAAUGCCGUGUGUGCUGGAGGAUGAUGCGGAUGAGCUGGAUGAUCACAGUCAUUAACAGAAGAAUGAUGAAGAUCCUCAUCGCCCUCGCUCUCAUUGCCUACAUCGCCUCUGUCUGGGGAACCUACGCAAAUAUGAGGUCUAUACAGGAACAAGAAGAAAUGAAGGUUGAGCAGAGGAUAGAUGAGGCAGUGGCACCUCUCAGGGAGAAGAUACGAGAACUUGAGCUUAGUUUUACCCAGAAGUACCCACCUGUGAAAUUCUUAUCUGAGAAGGACCGAAAGAGGAUUUUGAUCACUGGUGGGGCAGGAUUCGUGGGCUCGCACCUCACUGAUAAGCUGAUGAUGGAUGGUCAUGAAGUAACAGUGGUGGAUAAUUUCUUCACUGGCCGCAAGCGCAAUGUAGAGCACUGGAUUGGCCAUGAGAACUUUGAGCUGAUCAACCAUGAUGUGGUGGAGCCUCUCUAUAUUGAAGUUGACCAGAUAUAUCAUUUGGCCUCGCCUGCAUCGCCUCCCAACUACAUGUAUAACCCUAUCAAGACGCUGAAAACUAAUACUAUUGGUACUCUGAACAUGCUAGGAUUGGCCAAGCGAGUCGGCGCUCGUUUGCUCCUCGCCUCCACUUCAGAAGUGUAUGGAGACCCAGAGGUGCACCCCCAGAAUGAGGAAUACUGGGGUCAUGUGAACCCUAUUGGCCCCCGGGCCUGUUAUGAUGAAGGGAAACGUGUUGCUGAGACGAUGUGUUACGCCUACAUGAAACAGGAGGGAGUAGAGGUGAGAGUGGCUCGGAUCUUCAACACCUUCGGGUCUCGCAUGCACAUGAAUGAUGGGAGAGUGGUCAGUAAUUUCAUUCUGCAGGCGUUACAGGGAGAGCCGCUGACGGUUUACGGUUCAGGUUCUCAGACAAGAGCUUUCCAGUAUGUGAGUGAUCUGGUGAAUGGCCUGGUGUCCCUGAUGAACAGUAACGUCAGUAGUCCAGUUAACCUGGGCAAUCCAGAGGAACACACUAUACUAGAGUUUGCACAGCUUAUUAAAAGUCUAGUUGUGAGCCGCAGUCAUAUUCAGUUCCUUCCAGAAGCACAGGAUGAUCCACAGAGAAGACGGCCAGAUAUCCGCAAGGCCAAAAUGCUUCUGGGCUGGGAACCUGUGGUGCCACUGGAGGAAGGCUUGAACAAAACCAUCCAGUACUUCAGCAGAGAGCUGGAGCAUCAAGCCAACAAUCAGUAUAUACCCAAACCCAAAGCUGCACGGAUGAAAAAAGGAAGACCCAGACACAACUGAUGAAUUGUGUUGAUCUCAGGGAUGCUGGGAUACUGAAGACCUCCCACUUUCAGAUCCAUCUUUUUGAAAUUAAAAACAAAAAAACAAAAAGGAAUUUGUCUGAUGUUUUUCGCAAAUGUUUUGAAAAGCAGCUCAGGCAGAGAGCUGCCUCCUAAAGAGUUGUUUUUCAGUCAAACGUGCCUCAAAGAUAUCCGAUUUACAGACUUUGCCUUGCACUUUGGUUUGUCAGUCGUCUGUCUGUUAUUUAAAGCAAGCUUAGAUCUUCAUGUGCAUUUUUGCUGUGUGUUUACAUUCUGUGCGGUUUUAAUUGAUGUGAUCUAUUUUUUUAUCGUUGUCAAAGCUCUAGCGGUGUGUUAAUGCUAAAUGGACACCUGUAAAAAAUAAUGGAAAUUAGCGAUUGCAAACUAUUUAAAGAUCUCGAAUGUCUGGUCUGGAGCAGGAAACCUCAUCCAGCUCUGUCCAGAAAUUUGUGGACACGGAUGAAAAAAAGCUUUGGAAAAUCUUUCUGCUUUAAACUUUGUGAUGAUUUUGAUCAAAAUCUGCUGAUCCUUUGUGAAACUUCAUAUAGAACUUUGAACCUAUAAUUGAUUUCAGGUGAAAAUAAUAUUUUAAUAAAAUAUUUACUGUGACUUUCA